GGCAGGCCUUUUGCACAGCAGCCUCUGCUUGCGCUGCAGCAUCCUUGGUGCAUUACGGGCAUGGUUAGGACAGAAAGCUCCAUCCAGCCUGGCCGGAGGAUGGAUACUCUCCCUGAAGCUGUCCUGAUCCAGAUCCUGGCCUCCAUCCCUGCAGUGGAGCUGGUGCUGGUGUGCCGCCUGGUCUGCUGCCAGUGGAAGAACCUUGUGGAUGGAGCAGCUCUCUGGAUCCUGAAGUGCCAGCAGGAGGGCUUCACCGGGACAGAGCCUAAAGAGGAGGCCGAGAACUGGCAAACGUUCUACUUCCUGAGUAAGAGGAAGAGGAAUUUAAUCAAGAACCCCUGCGGCGAAGAGGAUUUAGAGCACUGGGGGGAAGUGGAGAACGGAGGCGAUGGCUGGAAGAUUGAGGACCUGCCGGGAGACUUUGGAAAAGAAUUUCCCAGCGAUGGAGUCCACAAAUAUUUUGUCACUUCCUACGAGUGGUGCCGCAAGUCUCAGGUCAUCGACCUCAGGGCUGAGGGAUACUGGGAGGAAUUGCUGGACACAACCCAGCCUAAAAUUGUGGUAAAGGACUGGUACGCAGGUCGCAGCGACGCCGGCUGCCUCUACCAGCUGCACGUGAAGCUGCUGUCGGAGCACGAGGACGUCCUGGCCGAGUACCAGAGCGACACCAUCGCCAUUCCACAGGACAACGCCACCGACUGGACUGAGCUCUCCCACACCUUCUCCAACUACGGCCCCGGGGCUCGCUUUGUGCGCUUUGAACAUGGUGGCCAGGACACGCUCUUCUGGAAGGGAUGGUAUGGGGUCCGCGUGACCAACAGCAGCGUGACGGUGGAGCCCUAGCUGGGUCAUGGUCCCUCAAGCCAGACCGGGUCCCAUUCACCGCAGCUGACCCCUUGGGUCCUCCAUGGGCUUCGGAUAGUUUCUGCGUGGUUCUGCUUCCAGAGACGAGGUGGGAGCUCCAGGCAGAGAGAGAGAGAGAGAGUGUGUGUGUGUAUGUGCGCAGCUGCCCAUCUUUCCUCACUGAGUUACGCAGAGCCUGGGACUAGCUGGUUUGAGGUCCAUUCAUGCACCAACCCUUAGAAAGCUUUUAAAAAUCUCAGCGCUCUCCCCUGCCCCACUCGCCCAACACCCUUUCAGCCAGCUGCAGCGUCACUUUGGAAUGGUGCCAAGGCUGGAGUAGGGGGAACGAGAGAGCUGGCUAUAAAUAAUUCCAGGACCUUCCCUCUCCUUUGGGCUGACGUCACCUCAGACCCUAAACCUCCCUCCCUAGCAGCCAUGCUGAACAGUGACUCUCACAGUGCCGCUUACCAGCAUCAGAUACAGUCCACUUAGAGAGGGUUUCAGGCUUCGUCUGUUCGAUGCUUUGAGAGAGAGGCAUGGUCCUAUGGUCUCAACACAGGACCUGGAAGCCCCAAGUCCCAGAGCCCCUGAGCCCCUCUGGAGCAAGUCACUUAUCUUCUCUCCCCAUCUAUAACAACAGUUGCCUGCCUCCUGGGGGACAGAGCUCAUUGAAGUUUGCUGUGCUAAGUGGCUGGUUUCUUUAUUAUUAAUAAUCAUGCAAAGCAUCAGGGAGAGGAGGGCGCCUUUCAUCUUAGGCUGGGCCCAGGAAAGGAACAAAAAGAUAAAGGUGGAGUCUGCCCUGGAACCUGGUCUAGUUUUGUUAAAGAUGAAGCAGCUUAGCUAGUAUAAGCCAAAGUCUGGAGAGAAACCAGGACCUGGGCCCAGGCAAAUCAGCUGGAAAUAAUCCAGAUGGGAGAGAAAAAGAGAGUGAAUGGAACCAGAUCCAGCAGCCCCAAUGGACCUCUAGACUGGGCUAAAUCCUGACCUCAAGCUGUGGCUUUUUGUAGGCAGGAAAGGGGGAGGUCCUUAGAGAAACCCUCUUCUAAAGAGCAUCUUCUGCAUCAUCCCUUGGGAACCGUGGCUCUCCCUCUGAAUCGCCUCUGCAUGCUGUACCCCACAUACCAGGGAAGGGCGUGCACGAGAGCCGCUUCUCGGCUGACACACCAGGGACUGAUCCAGGGACCUCCAGAGCUCAAGGUGUGACCUGCUACCUGCUUGAGCUAUAGCCCCAGGGAUCCUGGGUGGGGAGGACUGUAACAGCUUCACAUCUUCUGCAAAUCAGCCUCUGCCCCACCUCCAUCUCUUCCUGCUCCCCUUCAUCCUCCCCAUCUCUCCGCUCUGCUUGCUCCGCUUUUCAUGUUAGCCCCAGUGCUUCCUUCCCAAGCACCCUCGCUCCCCUCUUCUGGGGGACGUUCUCUUGGACUCCCGACUUUGAUGCCUCCAGCGUUUCUUGGGCUUGAAGCUCCUGGGGACUGUAUCUGUGGGAUGUAGCUCAGGCUCUUACGUCGCAUGCUACAGGCGGAAGGGAAGGCCGGGCAACACAGAAAGCCACAUGCUCCAGGGAUGUGCCCAGGGCCUGCAGCUAGCCCUGUGCUAGUCAGGCUUUUGGAGCCUAGAGAAGCUACUGCUAAGCGUCACCUGCCCAAGGAUACCUGGCUGUUUACACAGGGCCUCUGGAAACCACAGAUCCACCAUGAACGCACAUGCCUAUAUGCCAGAAAACACGUGCAGACUCCCCCUUAAUGCCCCUUGACGCAGCUUAGGGCUACGCCCACAACGCCGAACAGAACGUCCUAAACUUAGCUGAGCAAGACUAACCCCCCGCCACCGCCCAGCAACCAAUCCUAGUGAAAGAGCCUAGGCGACCCCUGCCCUUAAACAGGCUGACUGCAUGGCUGAGCUGAGAGAGAGAGUGUGAGUGUCAGUGUCCUCUUUGCCUCUGCUGUCAGGGUAGGGCACCCAAUUUAACCCCUUACACCAAAUUGUGCCAUUACCCAAUGCAACAUGCUCGUGUUUCUUUUGCAAAAGGCAAAAGUAGUGCUUAAUUUGUGACAGGAUGGCACCUCUAGCCUUGGCAGCUCAGAGCCCAGAGGCACCGGGGGCAGCUCAGAGCCCCAGCACUUCUGGCCUUGCCGCGUCAGUUAUGGAAGUAAAACCAUUGCUUGAGCCCUGGUCCCUCUGUCAUUACAAACGAAGCCCUGGGCAAGCGCUUCUGAGCCGCACUGCCUUUGUCUGGCCUUCUGUCGGGCUCUCUGCGAGUCGCUGCACCGGGACACGUGGGCCCCUCUUGAAUUCUAAGCCACUGUCCAAGCCGGAGGGUCUCACUGGCUGAAGACCACAA